CUUUCAUUGGUAAUUCCACUCAUUUGCUGGAAGAUGGAGUCUAUAGAUCCACAAGUCAUUCUUGUCCUAGGCGCCACAGGUAUGGCCCCCCCUGCACCUGUACUCUCGGCACAUUGGUUCGUGAGGAAGUCAAGCCGCUGACCAAUGGCUUCUUACCCUAACUAGGUGGUUCGGGCCUGGCCUUCAUUGAAGAAGCGUUGCAACGUUCCGAUCAAUCCCACUUGGUGCUAUACGUGCGAACACCAUCAAAGCUCCCAGCUAAGCUUUCAGAUCACCCAAAGAUAUCCAUCGCUACGGGCAGUCUCACGGACUAUGACAGACUGGUGUCCGCCAUGAGAAAUCACUCUGUUACGACUGUGGUCUCUUUCCUCGGCGCUUAUGUUUCCCCCUCCGCUAUAAUAACGCGUCCCACAGAUACGCCGAUUGCGGAUGCAUUCCCAACGAUCAUUCGGGCUAUGAAGACUAACGGGACCCGACGGUUGAUCGUUUUGUCAACACCGUCUUUCUGGGUAGAAGAGAAAGACGUCAGCACCUGGAAGCUUGCUAUUUACGGGAAAUUCCCCAAGCUCUUUGCUCCGCAAGGGAAUGCGGAGAUGGUACGGAUAGCAGAGAGGGUGAGUGAGACCGGUACAGAUCUAGAUUGGACCAUCUUUCGGAUACCGCACCUGACGAAUGGUUCUGGGGAUUUGCCUGUUUGGGCAGAAUAUGCAGGCCCGAAUCAUCAAGGCGGGCUGAAUCUCUCCCGGAGAAGUCUAGCACGCUGGGUGUUGGGGGAGAUUCGGGAUAGGAAGUGGAUUAGGGAGGCGCCAUUUCUAGGGAAUUAUUGAGACUAUUCGAGGUGUCGAUUAGAGACGGAGGAUUAAUAAACAUCGCGCAGAAAUUUGUCCUUUUUUU